CUGUGAGGCAUUAGGACUGAAGAAGAAGACGGAAAAGUAGAAGUUGAAUAAAAAAGGAAACGGGGAUAGAGACAAAAAGGGAUACUUAUGUUUGGACUGCCCACAGAAGAUGUUCUGGUGAACUUAAUGAAGUCCCAGAGGAGAUCGAGGCUGAUUUUUUGGCUGCUGAGGAUGAUUUUUUCCUGAAUAUCCCCGCUAUCUACUGCCCUCAACCUCCCAUCAUCCUCUUCACUGUCCUCACCCACACCAACUGCCUCCAUCAUGAACCACACCCCAAGCCCCCACCUGUCAGAAGGCGGGAAGUCGACCAGAGGGGACAUACUGUGCAGCCUCGGCCUGGGCUCCGACAGGGGGAUCCGUUCUCCGGACAGCUUUACCCACACCCCCAGCCCCACUGGAGGAACCCCCAGCUCCAGCCCCCCGCUGCUGCUGUCCCCUGGUCUGGGAAGCCUUGGGCUGGGUUCCUUGGGGGCCAUGUGUGAGGGAGCCGGGGCCGACUGGGAGAGCAGGGAGGAGCUGAGGCUCAGGGAGCUGGAGGAGGCUCGAGCCAGAGCCACUCAGAUGGAGAAGACCAUGAGGUGGUGGUCGGACUGCACGGCCAACUGGAGAGAGAAGUGGAGUAAGGUUCGUGCGGAGCGUAACCGUGCUCGUGAUGAGGUACGUCAGCUGAGGCAGCGGCUGGACACCGUCACCAAGGAGCUGACCAGCGUUCGGCGGGAGCGGCAAGAGCUCGCCUCAGAGAACGAGACCCUACGGCAGGAGACCCUGCGCCUCCGUGAUGACCAAACGGCUCCUCCUCCUCCGUCUGCCACUUCUCCGUCCUCCUCCCCUGCACACCCGUCCUCCUUCUCCUCUCCAUCGAUCCCCCCGUCCUCCCCUGCUUCCUCCUUCUCCUCGCAGGUCCACACCGAGACCAAACUGGACAGGGUAGGGGAGGGGCCCCCGGCUCCAGAGCCAGAGCCGGUUAGGGAUGUGGACUUGGACAGACAAAAGAUGGCUCAACAACAGGAAUUGGAAGCUCUAGAGUCGGCUCUGGGUUCAGGAGACUCUCCUGAGGCCUGGGAAAGUCGAGGCGGUGUUAACUCGGCCAGCUCUCGCUCGUCCUCGGGUCCGAGCCGCCAGGAGCGCAGCAGGCAGCUGUGGGAGGACAUCAGCACGGUGGAGGAAGAUUCCAGCAAACUCAACGCCCUGCAGCUACGGCUGGACGAGUCCCAGAAAGUCCUGCUGAAAGAGAGAGAAGACAAGCUGGCAUUGAGUAAAAGCAUUGAGAGGCUGGAGGCCGACCUCAGUCAGUGGAAACUUAAAUACGAGGAGCUCAGCAAGAGCAAACAAGAGGCCCUCAAACAGCUGAACCUGCUGAAGGAAAUUCACCAGGAUGAACUCGGCCGCAUAUCUGAAGACUUGGAGGAUGAACUGGGAGCCCGGACCAGUAUGGACAAGAAACUAGCCGAACUCCGAGCAGAGAUGGAGAGGCUGCAGGUGGAGAACGCUGCAGAGUGGGGGCGCAGGGAGUGUUUGGAAACAGAGAAACUUGCCCUGGAGAGGGACAACAAGAAGCUGAGGGCUCAGGUCGAGGACCUGGAGGAGCAAAUGGCAAAAAAACGCCGGCAGUCCGCCUCUGCACUGGACACCGACCUCAAAGCGAUCCAGACCGAGCUGUUUGAAAGAAACAAGGAACUGGCCGACCUUCGCCACAUUCACUCCAAACUGAAGAAGCAGCUCCAGGAGAAGACGGCCGAGCUCUCCCACGCCAACCGGAGGGUGGAGAGCCACGAGGCCGAGGUCAAGAAGUUACGACUUCGGGUGGAGGAGCUGAAGAAAGAGCUAGGACAGGCCGAGGAUGAGUUGGAUGAGUCUCACAACCAGACCAGGAAACUGCAGAGGUCUCUGGACGACCAGGUCGACCAGACUGAGAACCUGCAGGUGCAACUGGAACACUUGCAGUCAAGGUAGGACAAACAC